UGAGCACGCGAUGGCGUCGGUCGCCGCAUGGCUGCCGUUCGCGCGCGCUGCUGCUAUCGGCUGGGUGCCCAUCGCCACGCACCCUUUGCCGCCCCCGCCCGUCCCCAAGGACAGGCGUCGCGCUGAGGACGAGAAGCUCCUUAUCAACGUCUCCGGCCGCCGCUUCGAGACAUGGAGGAACACCCUCGAGAAAUACCCCGACUCCCUCCUCGGCUCCACCGAGAGAGAGUUCUUCUACGACGAGGACAGUCGGGAGUACUUCUUCGACAGAGACCCGGAUAUAUUUAGACACAUACUGAACUACUAUAGGACCGGUAAACUCCACUACCCGAAACACGAAUGCUUGACUGGGUACGAUGAGGAACUCGCGUUUUUCGGUAUUCUACCAGACGUGAUAGGUGACUGUUGUUAUGAAGACUACAGGGAUAGGAAACGUGAGAAUGCGGAGAGACUUAUGGACGAUAAACUCAGUGAAGCUGGGGACCAGAGUCUGCCCCAGCUAACGGACUUGCGGCAGAAGAUGUGGAGGGCUUUCGAGAACCCCCACACUUCGACUGCUGCCCUAGUAUUUUACUAUGUGACUGGAUUUUUCAUUGCCGUUUCUGUGAUGGCGAACGUCGUCGAGACGGUACCGUGUGGGCAUAGACCUGGUAGAGCAGGCACGCUGCCCUGCGGAGAGAGAUACAAGAUAGUUUUCUUUUGUUUGGAUACCGCUUGCGUGAUGAUUUUCACAGCUGAGUAUCUCUUGCGGCUGUUCGCAGCGCCAGAUCGCUGCAAAUUCGUGAGAUCUGUCAUGUCUAUCAUAGAUGUCGUCGCUAUCUUGCCGUACUACAUCGGGCUGGGGAUCACUGACAACGACGACGUGUCUGGCGCUUUCGUGACCUUAAGAGUGUUCCGAGUGUUCCGUAUCUUCAAAUUCUCGCGGCACUCGCAAGGACUUCGAAUCCUCGGGUAUACACUGAAGUCUUGCGCCAGCGAACUUGGAUUCCUCGUGUUCUCGUUGGCAAUGGCUAUCAUAAUAUUCGCCACAGUGAUGUUCUACGCGGAGAAGAAUGAACAGGACACAAACUUCACUUCCAUUCCAGCUGCCUUCUGGUACACCAUAGUCACUAUGACUACACUUGGCUACGGAGACAUGGUCCCGGGCACGAUAGCCGGGAAGAUCGUGGGAGGUGUCUGCUCUCUUUCUGGCGUGCUGGUGAUAGCUCUACCCGUCCCUGUCAUCGUGUCCAACUUCUCGCGGAUCUACCAUCAGAACCAGAGGGCUGAUAAGCGGAAGGCGCAAAGGAAAGCACGCCUUGCACGCAUCCGCAUAGCCAAAGCAUCGUCUGGAGCCGCGUUUGUCUCCAAAAAGAAGGCGGCAGAAGCCCGCCUCGCCGCCCAGGAAUCGGGUGUCGAGUUAGAUGACGCCGGUCGGGAUGAGGACAUCUUCGAAUUGCAGCAUCACCAUCUAUUAAGGUGUUUGGAGCGUACCACGGACCGGGAAUUUGUGGAAAUGGAGAAUCCUUAUAACGGUGCAGCCAAACGGCCUGGUUCGCCCUCACCGUUGGCCUCGCCCGCGCAUUCGGGAAGGGCACCCGCACUGCUUGCUUGUUGCGCGCGAUGCGGAUGCUGCCCACAGAAAUAUCAGCAAGCAUGCGGUAAGUACAUUCCAGCGGGCAGCACAGUCCAGGGCAACCAGACCGGUGUGGCGAUGGACGGGACAUAUCUAGUCGAAGCAUCCUUCUAGGACUCGACGUCUAGCGCUCAUGUUGAGAGCUAUGUGUGAACUUUAGUUUAGUGUGGUUGUGAUCUUCCACACGGAGCCCGGACAAUUCCAAUAACUGGGACUCCUUAAAGACAUUGCGCAAAUAAUUACUAGACUAUUAUAUUAUCUGUAAAUCUUAACACGAUACUGCCUAAAUAUUAAACGGUACCCUUAGUACGACAUCGAAUCAUUCGAAAGCGUCCAUAGUUUUCGAGUACUCGAUAAUAUAACGUGAGAGUAAAUUUAACGGUGACUGUUUUAUCGUCUUUCAAUGAUCGCUUCUUUAAUACUAAAAAUAAAAAUGUCCAACUUUAAAACAAGGACCAUCAGGUCAAUAUAACUAAAUACAAUGAUAUCGUGUUUUUGUAAUGUAAAACUUCGACGCUUUCUUGGUGCGCUUCUCUUACUAAGGGUAUAGAUAUCUUAUAUGUAUCGAGAGUUUAAUAAACUAACGGAGACUAUAUGAGACCCUAAUCAGAUUUAAAUCAUCGACCUUUAGUAUGAAAUUAUACAUCGGUGAUUUUCGAGAAUCACCAGAGUAAAAUGAAACGUAAAAACUAGAGUUAAGAUCCAUUUUACUCUGACAUUAUUCUGUUUCGAUACUCGAAAACGUUUACGUAUUAUAACUAUUUCUUACUUAUAACAAUCUUUCACUGACCAUUUGGCAUUGAUUGAUGUUAUCUCAUUGGAUCUCCAUUAGGAUACAUAACGUUAAUCCCGUUCGUGUUUUCUUUUACUCGUGUAGUAAAAACCAGUAUUAAUAAGAUUUUUAAUGUUAAAAACUUGAAUGAUUGGCUUGAAUUUUGCCCCGCGACGAUGUUAAGCCACGUAUUCGUUUGUGUACAUUUUAAAUUUAUAACAAAUGAAUGUGCACCGGGUGCCUACCCGGUGCACAUUCAUUUGUGAUAAAUGAAUGUGCAUUGAAUGCCUAUUCAAACGAGUUCUUCUUCAAUACUACUCGAAAAAUAGUGUAAUCAUAACAUUAAUCUGGAUGUCAUUUAAACACUGGUCGUGUUAUUUAGAUUAUUGUUUUAAUCUGCCAUAAAGAUUUGUUGAACAGUCUACUUCAACAUGCUGCCUAAUAAGUGAAAAGAAAACUUUUGAAAUGCAAUAUUUUCCUGUUGUCAUUCAAGUUUUCUUAAGUUGUCCCUUUUUAUGGAAGAGGCAAUGAAAUAUGGCAAUGGAAUUUCGAUCACUGGACCAUCAAGAGUUUACUCAGCGUAGCGCAAUCAUUAAUUUUGCAAUCAUUAACAUCCGCUGUUUGGAUCCAGUGGUACUUCAAACCUUAAAAUACUUUUAUGGCUAACAUACGAGGCAGACUUUUCAUUGGUAUAUUAAACACGUCUCGUCGAGAUACCAUUUUAAGUUUCAGCGAUAAUUAUUAUGUUCGAUACUAUUUGAUUAGUGAAAGAUUUCAAUGAUGAUACAUUUUUUACAGAAACAUUUACGUGAUGUAUCUGAAAGAUUUCUAUGCAAGUGGAUACGUGGCUUUAUAGACUUCCGCUUCCGAAAAUCUUAAGUAAAAAAAAGACAAGUUAGUUUUUCAAAUUACAUUCUAGUCAAUAGUGGGAAUCAUAUCAAUAUCAGUAACAGGAAUAAUUUUUAAGCUGGAAUCACACUUAUGACUCGCCACGUGUAUAAGCUAUCAAGUGACUCGUUUUCCGAUAACAACGUACUUCAUUUAAGCGUUUUGCAAAACUCUAAUGAGCCAUCGGCAUUAGUAAUAGUGGCAUUUUCGGCGCGUUUCGUGGCGCGUUAUAAGGGCUAUUCCGGUAUUAUUCUUAGCUUUCUCUGUGGUUUUUUUGUUUAAUUCGCUAGGUCACUAGUGCCUUGAUUUAUGCAAAGGAAAAUGGGGGCUGGGUGUGGCUGUAUUGCAGGCAACUUUAAGGAAGUAUUGAGGUAGUGAUGCUGUAAGGGCUUGGACUUUUUGCAUCUCACAUAUAGUAAGUCAAAGUCAGAAAUAUCUU